AGGCGUCGUACGUAGGCUACUGCGGAGCUCGUUUUGGUCGCACGAGGAAAAAUGUCGGAGAAAGAGCUGGAGAAACGCCGGGCCGAGGAGUAUGAGAUGCAAUUGUUUGGCUUGCACUCGAGAACUGUUUUUGCUGCCAUUGAACAGAAGAUAAAUCAAAAUAUAGAUUUAAGAUGCAAGCAAAUGUUUAUUUCAAUUGACAAGAAGUACAAUCCUGAUGUCUUGGCAAAAGAAAACUUGAGAAAAAAUAUUAAACUAUUAAGAAAAACAUACAGGGAAAACACAAAACCACAUUUGAAAACUAUAGAGAAAAUUGUAAACAAAUUCAUCUGCAUACCAAGCAAUGUUUUGUUGGAUGAGGAUAAACUCCAAGCGACUCAAUAUACCGAUGAAGAAUUCUACAUGUUAGAUGUUAGAUUAAAAAAUUUACAACAGUAUGCCAAACGUGUAACUGUCUUCAAUACAGCUUUGAAACAAGAAUAUGAAAUAACGGAUAAAAUAAGAGAAUCUGAAGAAUUAGCUAAAAAAUUAUGUGAAAUUACAGACAAAGCUCUCUUAGCUAAAAAAAUUAACAAUAAGUCUUUAAGAGCCAUUGAAAAGUGUAAAGGUCUACAAGAAUCUCUAGAUUCUAUAAAACCACAAGUUAAACGAGAUAUUUAUAAUCCUAGGAUAAACGAAAGAGAUCUUGAACAAAUAAUUAUUGAUUAGUAAUUUUGAUUUUAAUUCAAUUUUUUCAAAAUAUUUCACAUAAUUUAAAAGAAAAAAAAUUGUUACUAAAUUCUAGUAAUUUACUUCAAUUUAUUUCAUUAUAACAGUAUUGUAAAUGUAUAAUUAUUAUAAACAUGUAUUUAAUACACAGGCCAGAGACUUGUUAAGCUGACUUAUUGUAAAUAUUUAUUACAUAUAUAUAAGCAUUUUUUAAUAUCAGAAAUAUCUAUUUUUACAAAAACUUUAUAAUAAAAU